GAUCCAAUCAAUUGCGGUGCAAAUACAGUCGUCCGAGUGCGUUCGGUAUUCGCCGUAGGCUGGACCUUCCUGCUUAGCUUUACUUUCAAAGCACUCGUUCAUCUCGGUCCAGGACCGAAACACUGGAUAAGUACAAUCCACUGCACGUGAUCGAAAAAUCAAUUAACGGUGAUGAACGUUCCAUUCAACGUGCUCUCGCGGCAUGGAAUCCAGGUGGAUGUAUUGGAAUUUUAACGCUCGACACGCGCCUGCCUCUCAAAAUGUUAGGCCUCCGGAAACAAAGCAGAUACAGAAUCCAGUAUCAUUCCUCGAGACGGCGCUAUAACCGCCGCAAUGCCCUCCUUUGGUUCGGAACCAUAUGUCUCGAGAACCUGCCCAAGCGCAAAUGGGACCAAGCAGUCAUGUUUAUGUUCCUUUGCGCUCUCUUCCCCUUCCUUCAUGCACUCCUCGGUAUCGGGGGUGAAGUCGAGCAAGAUAUGACACGCCCGGUGAACGCAACCAGCGAGCCUCCAACCAAGUCAGAAAACGACACAGGUGAAGCUGCUCCCCUCAGAAACCAGCUACUUGAGAGAGAUACGGAUACGAGCUACCCCGUCGGAGAUUCUGAGCACCUCACACGCGCACCCAUUGCAUUUGCGCCGCAAGAUGCGUUCCCUGACCCGACUUCUCCAGUUACCCACUCAGAGAUGACACCUACACGUUCUGCAUCCACGUUCGCACAAACACCUGAACCUAGUGCUCCAGUCUGGUUCCAGGGAGACAAGAAGGAGGAGCGCGUGCUGUAUGGCCCAUUCUAUCUCGAAUUCAAUGGUAUUCCAUGGAAUACAGCAACAAAAGCAAUCUAGACAGUCACCGGCGCAAACGAGUAUCUGGCGAACGCAGAGGUGUGCAUUGUCAGCGGUGGGGUGUUGACGGCUACAAGAGAUUGGCAGGGACUCCCAUGGCGUCGAUCAGCGAGAGUUCACUAUACAUGAUUACUUAUUUCGUCUUUCACGUACUUGUCGAUAUGUUUGUAAAAUUGUCUUGAUGAGGCUACGUUGACCAGUAGAGAAGGAACGUUCUAACGAUUGGAUGUUGAUGCCCAGUAGAAGUCGACUGUUCCCAGAAUGGCUGAGGUUGCGUGAAAUAGUC